AUGGAUAUUUUCCUUAAUAUUUAUCUACCUCCGUUAUAUUCAUGUUUGUCUCCAUAUGUGUGUGUAUGGAGUAAUAGUGGUGUACUGGUGCUUCUGUUUUUUCUCUUCCUCCUUCUUUUCCCUCUUUUCCACACUCCAUCGAAUAGACCUGUGGACUCAAGUGACGAGAAUAAUAACAAGAAGAAGAGUGACACUGACCGUUAUUAUGAUGAUGAUGCGUCGUGUAAUGUGUGUUUGUUGGCCGUUGUACUUCUUUCACUGUGUUGUACUUGCGGUUUGGUGUUAGCUAAUGAUCCUGCAGUUAUUUUAGCUCCUGAGGGUGGUGUUCAUCCAAGUGGGAGUGGUGAACUUCAAGAAACUGAAGAAGCUGCACAUUGA